AUGCCCCUUGCAAAAAUUGGAGAAAACAAUGAAUUGCAGAUGCACAAAUUGCUGAGACGCCGUGGCAAAGAUAUGUUUGAGCAAGAGAUAUCUGGAGAUUCAAUUGGGAGAAAAUUUUACAUACAGGAGAAGGGAAAGGAAGACGUUGAAGCUCCCCACAUUAACUUCACAGCUCAAAAUUUGCAGAUGAUGCCAGAACUAAGGAUUCUCAAGUUGGAUAAUGUCAAAGUUUCUGGAAAGUUUGAAGGUGCAUUUGCUAGUUUAAGGUGGCUCUGUUGGCGAAGGUGUCCUUUGGAUUUUAGUGCAGAAAAUUUUGUGUUAACAGAGUUGGUCAUUCUUGAUCUGUCAUGGUGCAAACUCACGGAAGACUGGAGAGGUUGGAGUGAUAUCAAGAUGGAGAAAUUGAAAGUCUUGAAUCUUACUGGGUGUUCUGACUUACUGCUCACUCCUGACUUCUCUGGUUACAAAGAUUUGGAAAUCUUGAUUCUUGAACGAUGUUCUCAUUUGGUGAAGCUAGAUCCUUCAAUUGGCAAUUUGAAACGUUUAGUUUCCCUGAAUUUGAAGUUCUGCUCCCAAUUGAACAGGUUGCCAGUGGAACUAGGUUGUACGACAGCUCUGAAAGAGCUCUUUAUUGACGGGACUUCCGUGCGGCAGAUCCCCAUCUCCAUAGGCAAUUUGAAGCAACUCGAAAUUCUCAGUGGCUUGAAGUGCUUCGCAUUGACUCACCUGCCCAGUUCGAUUUGUUAUCUGGCUGCUCUCUCCGAUCUCUCAUUAGAUGGUGCCAAAAUUUCUGAGCUCCCGAGCUCACUGGGGGAGCUGCUCAAGCUAAGACGCUUGUCUUUAAGGGAUUGCCGUUAUUUGAAGAAGCUUCCAUAUUCUAUCGGUGAAAUGGGGUCACUAGAGGAGUUGGAUAUAUCGGCGACUAGUAUCUCUGAACUCCCCGAUUCAAUAAGAAAUCUGAAAAGCUUGGUAGUGCUGAGAAUGGACUCUUCUUUCAUUCGAACAUUUCCUGGGGAGAUUGGGACUCUAAACAUGCUCGAAGAACUACAUGCUUCCUGGUGUCGGAGUUUGAAGGGGGCCAUUCCCGGUGAUAUUGACGGACUACAUCGUCUGAGAUCAUUGACGCUGGGGCAUUCCAGUAUAUCUAGCCUCCCCCCUCAAAUAUUCACCAUCUCUGGUCUUCACACCCUGGAUUUAAUUCAGUGCAAUGAAAUUGAAGAGUUACCGAAACUUCCCCCUUCUCUAAUUUGUCUGCGUGUGAGUUCUAAAAGGAUGAAAGCCAUACCCCUUCUUGAAGAUAUGAAGGAAUUGGAGGAGCUGUGCUUAAGUGAUGGGGACCUGAAGGCACGAAUGAUUGGCGAACAAUCCUUCCCAAUAUCGUUUCCUAAACUGAGGAAACUCGAACUUUCUCUUUCGCAAGUUAUCAAGCUGAAGUUUGUGCUGACGGAUAUUCCUCCCCUCGAAAGGCUCAAAACGCUUACCCCUCCUGGUUUGAGCUGUAGAGAUGUAUCUGAGCUUCCCAAUAAGCUGUUAGCGUUCAAGCUCUACCACUCUGCGGUAGAAGAGAUUGAAGGGCUUGAAGGGCUUGAAGCCCUGAAGAGGCUAGAUAUUUCAAACUGCAAAAUACAAAAUCUCAAUGGGAUUGGCCAGAUAACCUCACUGAGAAGUUUGAUUCUAUCUGAGUGUGAUGACCUCAGUCUACCUGAUCUUUCGAAUUUGAAGUCGCUGAAAGUUUUGGAGAUCAUUCGAUGCAAAAUGAUCAGUCAAAUCGAAGGCCUAGAAAAAUUAACAUCUUUGGAAAAGCUGAAUAUCAGUGAAUGUCCGGCUGAGAAGUCGGUGCAAAUACAGGAUGAAUUGAAGCGUGUAAUGGCUCGUUUUCCGGUUACGUGA